AUGGCCAUUGAACACGAGAAGAGUGUGGUGAAUGUGGCGUACUCUAUUUCCACGCCUGUAAUCACGACAAUCCUAUCGAACGACACUAGUUCGCUGUACUUGGCAUGGAACAUCACGCUUCCAUCGAACACCCCAGAGCUGAACCCGGAGUUCAAUGUGAGAGUGAAGACGAAUGGCUUCUACCGGCUCGUUCACACGGUGGAGAAGACGAUCAGAAUUGCGGAUCUCAGCUCAGGGACAGAGUACGAAGUUGAGGUGCUGCUUUGUCUGGAGAGGACGCCUGGAAAACGAGAAUGCGGCCGCCCUGCAAAAGCCACCAUAAGUACUUGGCCUCUUGUACCUCUGGCUCCAACAUUAUCCACAAGAGGAUUCCAGUCCACACCAGACAUAGCGGCUGUGUCAUGGAGGUUUUUCAACAGCACCGUUACGCAUGUAGAGGUUGCGAGGAACUACAGCAACUGGGUGAAUUGCGAAAACUCGACGGAGUGCGACGAGGUCGUGUUGCACGGCUGGAACUCAUCCUUUAAAGCGGGAUAUGUCAAGAUCUCAGCGCUUAUACCACACACGACCUACUCACUUUCAGUGAGAGGCUGCAACGACCUAGGAUGUGGUGACGCGAACACAGUGGUCAUCACAACCGACAUGUCAGAGCCAAGUGAGCCUAUUAGCCUGACAGUGAAUGCAACAGAAGAUGGUACUUCAGUUCAGCUCGAGUGGAAGGCGCCGGAGGAGCCAGGGGGUCCGCUGACGGGUUACGUGGUCUCCUGGCAAUGUGACCAAGACCAUCUCAUGGCUGCGACCACUGAUAAAUCCUUUUUUACCAUCCCUGGUCUUCCUUCCGCGGUCCAGGAGUGCACCUUCUCAGUGUCAGCUUUCAACGAGGCGUCUGACGAGCGGCAACUGCACGGAAAUGCUGCCACUCUGACGAUACCACGGCUACUACCAUGGCUUACGUGCGCUACGAACAUCGGUUAAAAUGUUAUGGCAAUCACUACUCUAAUAGAGGAAUCUAAAGAGAGAAAAUAAAGACAGUGUGGUUCCUUU